UAUUAAUGGGGCCCACGAAAUCUCUCUCUCUCUCUCUCUCUCUCUCUCUCUCUCUCUCUCUCUCUCCAUCUCUCCGGCGACGCGUCUUCCGUUAUUAUGCAAGGACUCUGCUCCGACGACCUCGUGCGCCUCGACCUCGCCACCCCGACGGCCGCCUCCGCCUCGUCCCUCUCCAUCGACGCGGACGAGUCGGCGGAGACCCGGAUCCAGCGCCUCAUAUCGGAGCACCCGGUCAUCAUCUUCAGCCGCUCCUCCUGCUGCAUGUGCCACGUCAUGAGGAAGCUCCUCGCCUCCGUCGGGGUCAACCCCACCGUCAUCGAGCUCGACGACGACGAGAUCGACGCCAUCCCCACUACCCCCGACCCGGCUUCCGGCGGCGGCGGGCGGGGCGGCGCGAACCCACCUCCCGCCGUCUUCAUCGGCGGCUCCUGCGUCGGCGGCCUCGAGUCCCUCGUCGCCCUCCACCUCAGCGGCCACCUCGUGCCCAAGCUCGCCGAAGUCGGCGUCCUCUAGCCUGUGCUUUGGAGACAUGGGACCUGAUUUCGACCCGGUACGAGAUUUCAUGUAUUAGAUUGAAGAUGGUAUUCCUAUGUAGGAUGCAAGAAAGAAUGAUAUGAUUUUCAAUUAUUAGGGUCAAAAGCAGAAUAUUUGUAUUGGUUGUAGCUUGCCGUAGCUUGAUUUGAUGGUCAAAACUGUAAGUUGCAGUAGAAGCAGCAGCAGCAGCAGCAGAAGAAGAAGAAGAAGAAGAAUCUGAGCACACGUGUACGGCACACGUGUUUGAGAUAUUAUCUUUAUCACCAAUGAAUUCUUAUUUAUUGUCUAGUGAUAAAUUUUGUGUAUUUGGAAUUGAUUGGAAUAAUAUCCAACUUUUUCUCGAUUCUUAA